AGGAAAUUUGAAUAACUGCAAUGAAGCUGAAAAAAGAACCGAACUUGAUCAACAAGCAAAUUCACCUCCCUCGGUAAAGCUCAUUUCUGAAACCAAUCAAGAUCACCAGAAAACUGUCUGUCUUAAAGACAAUUUGCACAAUAUUGGCGUUGCUAAAAUCGAAGACAUUUCUGAAGACAAAUUACAAAACAAAUUGAAAGACAUAUCGGAUCAGCGACUAACAAAAGAAAAAAUUCCCCAGCAGUCUAAUUUUCCCAAUGGAUCAGUUUCUGCUGAGCUAAUUGACCAAGAAACUGUUACAAAAAUUCCUCGAAAAGAUGAGAAAGCUGAUAAGCGAGAAAAUGAAUUGCAUGAAUACCCAACUGAGGAAGUGUCCUUGAUUGACUUAGACGACGAAGAUUUUAUAAUAAGCGACCCGAUCAUUUGCGCCGCCGACGCACACCAUCGAAAUGAAAAAUUUGGUCCAUUACACAAAUGUUCAUUAAAUCAACCUGAGCCUAAAGCGCCACACCCGAACACAAUAAAAAAGCUGCACACAUACAGUGGGCCAAGCGACUCACUAAACUCGACUAACAUAUCCUCGUCCUAUAAAUCGACACCAUUUCUCGGAAUUCUAAAUCCAGCACUGACCAGUCCGAGCAGCCGAAGAUCAUCCGAAGUUGUCAAAAACCGAGUUGCCAAGUUGGGAUUCAUUCCGGAGAGACCCGGAAACAGCGAAAGCUCAACACGAAGAAACAGCAAAAGAAACAGCCAAGGAAUUUUAUCCGCUGACGAAAUAAAAAAGUACCUGGAUCCCUUGAAAAGGUCCCAGUCCGAACACGCCAUGGCUGAAAACAAAACAGGUCCUAACUUCCCGAGUCGAAGUACUGUAGAUUAUAUGACUAAUGAAGUUUCCAGCUCGAUGGGAAACAGCAUUGAAAAAGAAGAAAGCGAAGUUAGUACCAUUUCGCACACGGGUUAUAUCCGACAGAAAGACUCUUUCUCCCGGUCAAAGUCGGGCGUGAACUGGAAACGAAAACGGGAAUUCUCCAAAAAACGAAACCCGUUUGUGGGAGUAAUCGGCCGAAGUGCUUCGGUCCGGACAGACGCGUCAAAGUCUAACUAUAACUUCACGUCAUUCCAGGAUCCAGAAGAACUCAAUCAAAAGUUUGAUUCGACUCCUAGUUUGACGAAUAUCAAUCAAAACUCUUUCGCAUCACCCGGGCCGAAUUUUUCUUCAACAUCGACUGGAAGACACAGUUUCUCAAACUCUGCUUACCCUCGGAGCUACAUGCAAAACAACAAAUCAAGAAGUUAUGUUCUCGAGGAACCGUCUCUCAACUCAUCACCGACGAUUAAACGACAACCGACCACUGCCAGUCUGACCGCCGAGACAGCGGAACUCUUAGGCACUCCGACAGCUGUCGAGUUCGAACCACCAACCGAAAGAUCUUGUAGUCGAGGCUCGGGGGGGCUAGAAAAUAACAAUGCUCUGGGUUUGGUUUAUUACAUGGUCUUAAAUGCGAUUCGAGACUCAAUUCAGCCCAAUAACAGCAAAAUGGCGCUGAAGUUGUUCGGCAGUAAGAAGUGUGUUUUGAAGGAGAAAAAACGAUGCGAAGAAGAAGCACCCUGGAUCAUUCAUCCUUUCAGCACUUUUAGGUUCUGCUGGGACUUCACGAUGUUGUGUCUGCUGAUCACGAACAUGAUAGUGCUGCCUGUGGCCAUCGCAUUCUUCAACGAGGAGAGCAGCACCACCUGGGCACUGUUCAACUGCGUCAAUGACUCACUCUUUGUCACAGACAUCGUACUCAACUUCAGAACAGGCAUCGCACAUCAACACAUGGCAGUACAGGUCAUCCUGGACCCAAAGAAGAUCAGGAAGAGCUACUUGAGAGGUUGGUUUAUCAUCGACUUGAUCUCUUCGAUGCCGAUGGACUACCUGUUCCUGAUCAUGAGUCACGGCAAGAGUGGCAGUCCCUCCAUCCUCAAUGCCUCCCGGACCCUGAAGAUGCUGAGACUCACGAAGUUUCUCAGCCUCAUGCGUCUGCUGAGGGUCUCACGACUCAUGCGAUACGCCAACCAGUGGCAGGAGAUCUUCAACCUGGCGAGUGCGGCCAUCCGUAUCUUGAACCUGAUCUUCAUGAUGAUCAUCAUAUCCCACUGGAACGGAUGCCUCAUGUUCCUCCUGCCCAGACUCUAUGAGUUCCCCGAGGACUCCUGGGUCUACGUCGACAGACUUGUAGGCAAAGAAUGGACUGAGCAGUACAGUUGGGCUCUGUUUCGUGCUAUGUCCCACAUGCUGUGCAUAGGCUAUGGUCAGGAACCACCCACCUCCAUCAUGGACCUAUGGCUGGUCAUGAUCAGCAUGAUCAGUGGGGCCACCUGUUACGCUCUGUUCAUAGGAAACGCUACCAACAUGAUACACCAGUUCGAUUCAUCGCGCAGACAGUACACAGAAAAGAUCAAACAAGUGGAAGAAUACAUGGCGCAUAGGAAAUUGCCACCUGACCUGCAAGUGAGAGUGCACGAGUACUACGAGUAUAAGUUCAAGGGCAAGAUGUUCGAUGAAGAUGUCAUCCUGGACGAGAUGAACGACUGUCUUCGAGAGGAGAUUUUGAACUAUAACUGCCGUGAACUAGUGAAUGUAGUUCCCUUCUUCCAAGGAGCUGACCCGCUCUUUGUCUCGGGAGUAGUAGCCAAGUUGAAGCACGAGGUAUACCAGCCGGGCGAUUACGUAAUCAUGGAGGGCACAAUCGGGACCAAAAUGUUCUUCAUCCAGCAGGGCACAGUGGACGUGGUCACUAACAAUGGAUCAUGUGUGGCUCAGUUAUUUGAUGGGUCUUACUUUGGAGAAAUCUGUCUGUUAGCUAAAAUAAAACGCACAGCCAGCAUUCGCGCCGAGAGCUACUGCAACCUCUACUCACUCGAGGUGGAGGACUUCAACGAAGUGCUCACUGAGUUCCCCCAGAUGCGAUGUCAGCUCGAGAUGGUCGCGCGCGAGCGACUGGCCCAGUUGGGCAAACGGACCAAUGUGUUAGAGACAAAGAGCCGACUCAAGCAUCAAGAUACCGCCUACGGAAUCGCGCUUUCAACCGACGAUUUCCAGGAAAUCGCUGAGAUGGCCAACGAGGAAACCCGAAAGAUGGUUCGCCGUUUGUCGGUCAUGUUAGAAAACACUGAGAUUUGGGCUCCACCCACGAUGUCACGUGAUCGCACUCCGACAAACUGUGAGUGUCGCCGAGCAUCCGAAGGUCACAUGACCUUUGAAGACAACACUAGCGCCAAAACACGAGUGGACGACAAAUGUGGAUCGCUAUCGGUCAACGAAGAAGACGACGAAGAUAAAGAAAGACAACCAACUGGAGUUCGUAUGAGAAUAGGAAGUGUUAGUUUAGGCAGCUUAGUACGUAAUGGUAGCGAAGAAAACGAAGAAGAAAACCAUCAGCCUGAUUUCUCAAAUAUAGCAACGGGCAGUGACUCUGAAAUUGUUUUAAACACUCGCUCUGAUUAAUUCAGUCUUAACUCUUAUGCACAUAGCUUAAGUAUUCGACGUAAUUCUACUUUUUUAAUCUACUAAAACCUUUCAAAAAGAAAGUGCGGAUUCAUCGAUGAAAUUUUAUAUGUCUUGUCGAAUAUUUUGACCGAAACUAUUUUUAUGUAUAACCUCUUAUAUCAAAGCUGAGUCUCAUUUGUUGUGUUGAAAAGCGCCAGCGUUCGCGUUGUGUUUUAUUGAAUAGUUUGUAAUAUUAACAUAAGAAUAUUUUUUCAACAUUAAUUGAUGAAAAUGAUUGUCAGUGAAUGAAACGUGAAUCCAGGUUGCCAUGAAAACUUCUGACAAUCGUAAGAUAAGACCAAACGACCUAGACUAAAAAUCAAAACCACUGAGCGCCCUUUAAUGCUAUAUAUCUCUCGAACCAUCUGAAGUUUAAUUGUGGUACUUGAUUUUACCUAAGAGCUAAAAAUCUAAAAGAUAGAGC